UUUGGGUUCCGAGCAUAUCAGCUGCUGCCUGAACAACAUUUGGCCAAGGAGACCAGUGGAAUGCCUGGAAGAGUACAAGUGAAAUUGUUGGUAUUGUGUUGGUGUCAUUAGACUGGAGUGCAAGGGGGUGAUUUGCUUAUUUUUUUAAGUUUCCUCACUGACAUGUCGUUUAAAAGCCUCCGUAUUACUUGAAACGCCAUCGAUACUCCUUAGAGUGCCGUGUGCAAAACACGUGCAGAAUUACUGUUGUUCGUCGGUGUCAAAACAAGAGCCACGUUGACCCAGUCAACCAAGAUGAGUAACCAGCGUGGAAAAAAGGACGUGAAAUGCUACAGUUGCAACAAGAUGGGGCAUUUCGCCCGGGACUGUCCGUCCAAGGAGGAUUCUGGGGGUGGGGGCGGUUAUAAGAGUGGGGGUUACCGAAGUUACAACAGCUCUCGCAGUAACCGUUGUUUUCGGUGCAACCGCGUGGGACAUUUGGUGGCUGAUUGUACCAGUCCAGCCAACAAGUGCUACAACUGUGACGAAGAAGGCCACAAUGCGAGUGACUGCCCUCAUCCUCAGAAGCCGAGAACGAUCGAGUGCUACUCCUGUCACAAGACGGGCCACUACUCUCGCGAUUGCCCCGAGAACAGUCAGGACGACAACCGGUGCUUCAACUGCAACCAGGUGGGACACCUGAGGCGCAACUGCCCGGACCUGGUCACAAAUGGCGUGGAUGACCGCGAGUGCUACAGCUGUCACCAGAAGGGUCAUCUCUCCGGCCAGUGCCCCGAAAAGACCUGUCAUAACUGCAAUCAGCCUGGGCACCUUGCUCGUGACUGCCCCAACGAUUCUGGUGACAAGUGGAGCCGCCGCGCCAACACCGACAAGACCUGUUACAAGUGCGGCAACCUGGGCCACAUCGCCCGCGAUUGCGACGAGUGAGCCACACCAGGUUCCAAACUUCCUGCGCGCCUCACCGGCAUCUUUAUCCAGUCACAAGUCAGCCAAUCCUGCCUUGGUGACAGCCAGCGGGCGUCCAGCCAGUGCACCGGUAAGAACUGGUUCCAAACCGGUUCCCACUGGUCUGAGGCAGUUCGCGAAGGGCUGGGUGUAGUGUGAGUGUGUGUGUGAGUAGGAGGUGCCUGUGUAUCUCUCGUGAGUUUUCAAGUUAACAUCAAAAGUAAGUAUUUCCAGUAGAUUAAGUGUUAAUCUGUAUGUAAAAAAGAUAAACAUAUCUCAACGUAAUUCAGAACUGA